UCCCACAACCACAAAAAACCAAUGGCACACGGCCACGUUUGCUAGAAACCAAUAACUCUAACAAACGUCCGCUUGCAUGUCUCCUCUUGAUUGGUCCUUCCCCGGCCCUCGCCGUCACCCGAUCACCCCUCCUUCAACGGUGCUGUGAACAAGAACAAUCAAUCCCUCAACGCCCUUAAUUUGUUCGCUCUCUGAACCUGCCUGAGGGGUUAAAUUCGAUUGAUAAAUUUCAUUUUCCGGUGGGAUUUGUGAUCGUUUUUCUGGAGAAUCUGGGAAGGAAAACGGUGCAUGAAAGAGAAGGUGUGGGGGAGAAAGAAGAGAGAGUAGAGGAGGGAGGGGUUGGAGAGAGACGCAUAGAGCGGAGGAGCAGCGAAACAUGUCUGCCAUAGUGUGCGGGAAGAGAUCGUCCAUAUUCGAAGACAAUCUGAGCCUGGCAGCAAACCCUCCCGUGUCCAAGAGAAUCCGCUGCUCCUCUUCCUCGCCCGUUCGCUUCUCUCCGCCCAGGCCCAACCACUCUUCCUUUCCCUCCCCUUCUUCCGUUCACUCGAUCCAACACCUCAGGGCCUUUUUUCCUCACAUGGACCAAAAGCUUCUCGAAAGAGCACUUGAAGAAUGUGGUGGUGAUUUGGAUUCAGCUAUCAGAAGUUUGAAUGAGCUUCGUUUAGGAUCCACUGAUGAUAACUUGGGCUCUGCUGCACCCAAACUUGACGUAACAGUGGAACCAAAUGUUCAAUCACAAGGUAUAGUGACAGCUAAUGGAGAGGUUGCAGCUGGUGAGGAGCUAUCAGCUCCACAGGACCCUCCCAUGGAUGGUUCUGACUGGGUGGAGCUCUUUGUUAGAGAAAUGAUGAGUGCCUCCAAUGUAGAUGAUGCUAAAGCUCGUACUUCAAGAGUGCUUGAGGUUUUGGAGAGAUCUAUCGCUGCACGUGCAAGUGCAGAGGCAUCCCAAAGCUUUCACCAGGAAAAUAUGAUGCUGAAGGAACAAGUAGAAGCACUUAUUCAGGAAAAUACAAUCCUCAAGCGAGCAGUGUCUAUUCAACACGAACGUCAAAAAGAGUACGAAGAAAGGAAUCAGGAGUUGCAACAUCUGAAGCAACUGGUGUCCCAGUACCAGGAGCAGUUGAGAACACUAGAGGUGAACAACUAUGCAUUGACAAUGCACCUGAAACAGGCUCAGCAAAGCAAUUCCAUCCCCGGACAUUUCCACCCUGAUGUCUUCUAGUGAACAUUGGCUUAAUUAAUUUGGCCUUCAGGAUGUUUAGUAUGUGAGUGUGCUUUCGACAGUUGCUUAAAAGCUAGUGCGAAUUAUAUCUGUAGGCACUCCAAAUCGUGGCCUCCUGUGCCGGUUGGGAGUGACGGACUAUGCAGGUUCAACACCACCCCCCA